AUCAGAGAAAUCUCCAUCAGAGACCACCCAGAGCCUCCAGCAGAAGGAGUUCAACCAAGAAGGAGAUGGGGCUGCAGCCUUGGAAGGGGCUGGAAUGAUGUUGUGGCCAAAUUCUCAGUCAUUUCUUCUGCUUUAUGAUGGAGUGGACCUGAAUCAGGGCCCAAUCGCCUUUGAGGAUGUGGCUGUCCAUUUCUCCCUAGAGGAGUGGGCUCUCCUGAAUCCUGAUCAGAAAGCAUUGCACGUGCAGAUCAUGGAGGAGAUUCAUGGGAUGGUGGACUCUCUUGCAGAUGACUGGAAGAAGAACAAUGUAUACACCGAAUGCAAUAAGCAUUUUGGGCACAAUGGAGACCUUUCUAAACACCAGCAAACCCACAGUGAAGAAGGAGGUUCUGCCAUAGAAAGGCCCUACAAAUGCAAUGUAUGUGGGCAGUGUUUUGCCCAAAAUAUGGAUCUUGUGCUUCACAAGGCACUCCAUGCUGGGAAAAGGCAUCUUAAAGAGAACAUAUCAGCAAAAUGUGUUGUUGAUUCCAAAUUGCCACAUCUGAGCCAAGAAGAAAUCUUUGAAGGAACCGAGGAUUUCAUAAGCCAGGAGUGUGGCGAAUCUUUUAUCCAGAGUUCACACUUGGUGAAACAUGAGAUAUUUAACAUAGGAGAGAAACUAUAUGAAUGCCAGGAGUGUGGGACAUGUUUUCCUGACAGUUCAGCCUUGGUGAGCCACCAAAGACUCCACGCAGGAAAGAAGCCAUACCAAUGCCAGGAGUGCGGGAAAUAUUUUGCUCACAGUUCAACAUUAGUGAGGCACAAAAGACUCCACACAGGAGAGAAGCCAUACCAAUGCCAGGAGUGUAGGAAAUGUUUUGCUUCCAGUUCGGCCUUGGUGAGCCAUGAAAGAUUCCACACAGGAGAGAAGCCAUACCAGUGCCAGGAGUGUGAAGAAUGUUUUGCUUGCAGUUCACUCUUGGUAAGGCACAAAAGACUCCACACAGGAGAAAAACCUUACCAAUGCCAGGAGUGUGGGAAAUGUUUUGCUUACAGUUCAGCCUUGGUGAGCCACAAAAGAAUCCACACAGGAGAGAAGCCAUUCCAAUGCCAGGAGUGUGCGAAAUGUUUUGCUCACAGUUCUGCCUUGGUGAGGCACAAAAGAGUCCACACAGGAGAGAAGCCAUACCAAUGCCAGGAUUGUCUGAAAUGUUUUCCUGACAUUUCUGCCUUGGUGAGCCACAAAAAACUCCACACAGGAGAGAAGCCAUACCAAUGCCAGGAGUGUGGGAAAUGUUUUCCUCGCAGUUCAGCCUUGGUGAGCCACAAAAGACUCCACACAGGAGAGAAGCCAUACCAAUGCCAGGAGUGUGGGAAAUGUUUUGCUGACAGUUCAAACUUGGUGAGCCACAGAAGACUCCACACAAGAGAGACAGUAUAUAAAUGCCAGGAGUGUGAGAAAUGGUAUUCUUCCAAGUCAUCACUUCUGAGACACCAGAGCAUCCACACAGGGGAGAAGCCAUUCCAAUGCCAGGAGUGUGGGAAAUGUUUUGCUGAUAGUUCACAAUUGUUGACGCACAUAAGAGUCCACACAGGAGAAAAACCAUACCAAUGUCGAGAGUGUGGAAAAUGUUUUGCUUACAGUUCCGACUUGAUGACCCAUAAAAGACUUCACACAGGAGAGAAGCCAUACCAAUGUCAGGAGUGUGGAGAAUGUUUUGCUCGCAGUUCACACUUGGUGAGACACCAGAGCGUCCACACAGGAGAGAAGCCAUACCAAUGCCAGGAGUGUGGGAAAUAUUUUGCUUCCAGUUCAGACUUGGUGAGCCACGAAAGACUCCAUACAGGAGAGAAACCAUAUCAAUGCCAGGAGUGUGGGAAAUGCUUUGCUCGCAGCUCAAACUUGAUGAGGCACAAAAGAGUCCACACAGGAGAGAAGCCAUACCAGUGCCAGAAGUGUGAGAAAUGGUAUCCUUGGAAGUCAUCACUUCUGAGACACCAGAGCAGCCACACAGGAGAGAAGCCAUACCAAUGCCAGGAGUGUGGGAAAUGUUUUACUCAGAGUUCAACCCUUGUGAGUCACCAGAGAAUUCAUAGAGGAGAAAAACCAUCGAAAUAAGUGGGACAAAUGUAAUGAAGUGAAUUGCAACAGAGAAAUUGCACGUUGUGGAUAUUCUGGUGCUGUAUUGAAUGACUAUUCAUUCAACAAUUCCCAAUGAACACAUGUGAUUCUCUUGGCUUCAGGUAGCACUUGGCUUGACUUUAGACUGACUCUUAGACAACCCUCUCCUUGGUUUUGAACUCUUGUUCAGUUUUUUGGUUUGCUUUGUUUGACUUGGGACUGCUUUGGAGAACUCUUUUGCUUCUCUGGACACCAGUAUCACUAUGGGACUGGACUGGCUUUCCUCUGUUCAGCCUUCGUGGGUAAACAUCUGAUUUCAAACAGGACUGAUUGAGAAGUUCUGUGCUAGAUUUGGUACAGUCCACUUUCUUGUGCUUUGAAUUCCUAAGUUGAGGCCCUCUUCUCUGGAGCAGCAGAAAGCAGUAAAUGAAAUGUCACUUAUUUUUCAAAAAACAAAACAAAACCAGAAAACAUGUACAGUGUUCCCUCACUUAUUUAUUUAUCGUGUCAGCAACCAUUGUAUUACAAUUCUAACAGAGCAAAACAAACACACAGAUUAAAAAGAAAAAGGAAAAAAAAAACCACACAGAUUUUGCAAAUUUGGUAUUUGGUUAAAUGUCCUUUGACCAGUAUCUGGCCACUUGGAGUUCCUCUGGGGUUGCCGCAAGAAGGUCCUCCAUUGUGCAUGUGGCAGGGCUCAGGGUGCAUUGCAGCAGGUGGUCAGUGGUUUGCUCUUCUUCACACUCGCAUGUCGUGGAUUCCACCCUGUAGCCCCAUUUCUGAAGGUUGGCUCUGCAUCUCGUGGUGCCAGAGCGCAGUCUGUUCAGCGCCUUCCAAGUCGCCCAGUCUUCUGAGUGCCCAGGGGGGAGUCUCUCAUUUGGUAUCACCCAUGAAUAAGUUCCCUCACUUAUUGCGGGGGUUACGUUCCAGGACCUCCCGCAAUAAGUGAAAAACCGCAAAGUAGGGACGCUCUAUUUAUUUUAAUAUUUAUACAUUAUUUUAGUAGGUAUACACUAUUUUAAGUCUUUAUAAACUUAAAAUAAAGUGAAAGAAAGGAAGGAAGGAAAUGCCCUUCGAGGCUGGAGGGAGGAAGGCAGGGAGGAUUGAGGAGGGAAAGCGCCUUGGAGAGCAACGGCCGUGGCAAAAACUCACAAAACAGUGAAAAUACCAUGAUAUAUAUUUUAAAUUAAUAUUUUUUAAAAUCCACGAAACAGCGAAUCUGGUAAACGUGAACCGUGAAGUAGCGAGGGAACACUGUAAUUCCAUCAGUUGUUCCUCUGGGCUUAGUUUCCAGCUCCUUUGCCACCUUGGUUGCAAAUUCCCAGUUUGUGAGUGUUGUCUUUCAGCUGGGAUUCCAGAAUUGAAGACAGUGCUUCUGUUGAGGCCAAGACAAAGGAAAAGAUGCUUGCAUGGUUAUUUCCCUUGAUGUACAAAUCAUAUCUCUGUCUAGCAUUUACUGUCUGUUUCCAUGCUCCUGGCACACAUUAAAUUUAAAAACCA